UUCCACGCGCUUUUUUCCUCUAUUUACUCCCUUCGCCUGCAUAAUCGAUUCAAUCCCUGGAGGUUUCUUCUGAUCUGCUACCUUCUUUUUUUUUUGCCCCUUUACACAACGCAUCUUGGUAACCUUCACUUGCCACUCGAUCGCGUUUAUUAGGCAUUGUCGAUAUUGGCCUUGAACCAGGUGUAUCAUUCUUGGGACAUACCUUUCCGGGUUUCGAGCAAUCGAUCUAUUCUACAUCGCGUUUGCGCUUCACGAUUGUUUCCCUUAGCCGACCCAUGUGAUCUGGAAUCAUGGCGCCGCUUCCUAUCAAGUUCCAGGAGAUGCUGACGCUCCCCAACGUCGGCGUCGAUCAAAGCUCCAUUGGCUUUAACUCCUGCACCCUAGAAUCCGAUUCAUUCAUCUGCAUACGUGAAAAGAAGAACGAUGCGUCGCAACCCGAAGUUAUCAUCAUCGACCUCAAGCAAGGAAACAACUUGACCCGACGACCCAUCAAGGCCGACAGUGCCAUCAUGCACUGGACAAAGCAGAUAAUCGCCCUCCGAGCACAGUCGCGAACAUUGCAAAUCUUCGACUUGGAGAAGAAAGCAAAGCUUAAGUCCGCGACCAUGAACGAGGAUGUGGUCUUCUGGAAGUGGGUCAGCGAAUCAACCCUGGGCCUGGUCACAGAUACUGCUGUUUUCCACUGGGACAUAUAUGACAAUUCUCAAGCUGCUCCUGUCGAGGUGUUCAAGCGCAAUGCCAAUCUGAAUGGAUGUCAAAUCAUCAACUAUCGAACUAACAGCGAUGGAAAAUGGAUGGCAGUUGUUGGCAUUUCUCAGCAAGCUGGCCGUGUGGCCGGCAGUCUGCAGUUGUAUUCUAAGGACAGAGGUAUCAGCCAAGCGAUCGAAGGUCAUGCUGCUACAUUCGGUACCAUGAGAUUGGAGGGCGAGCCAGCAGACACCAAGGUUUUCUCCUUUGCUGUUCGUACUGCGACAGGUGCCAAGCUGCACAUCGUCGAGAUCGACCAUCCCGAAGGCAACCGACCUUUCCAGAAAAAAGCUGUCGACAUUUUCUUCCCACCGGAAGCCACUAACGAUUUCCCGGUUGCCAUGCAAGUGUCUCAGAAAUAUGGAAUUAUCUACAUGGUAACCAAGUAUGGCUUCAUCCACCUUUAUGAUCUCGAAACUGGCACCACUCUUUUCAUGAACCGCAUCUCGAGCGAGACAAUUUUCACAACCUGUGCCGACUCGAAUUCUACCGGUCUUUAUGGUAUUAAUAGGAAAGGUCAGGUACUAUUUGUGUCGGUUGAUGAAACAACCAUGGUCGACUACCUCCUUCAGAACCCUGCAAAUACCGAGAUUGCUAUCAAGAUGGCUUCACGAGCUGGACUUCCUGGCGCAGAUCAACUUUAUGUGCGCCAGUUCGACCAGUUGUUUAAUUCGGGUGACUAUGAGGGCGCCGCGAAGGUGGCUGCUAACUCGCCUAGAGGCUUCUUGCGAACUACGGAGACCAUCCACAAGUUCAAGAACCUACCCCCACCCCAAGGCAAGAUGUCCUACAUUCUGCAGUACUUUGGCAUGCUUCUCGAUAAGACUACUCCCCUUAACAAGACUGAAACUCUUGAGCUUGCUUUGCCUGUCUUGUCUCAAAACCGCAAGCAUUUACUUGAGAAGUGGGCGAAAGAAGGUAAACUCGACUUUUCUGAGGAGCUCGGUGACUUGAUUCGAUCACAUGAUGUCACCUUAGCCUUGGCCGUUUACCUCAAGGCCAAUGUUCCUCAGAAGGUGGUUGCAGCGUUCGCCGAGCUUGGCCAGUUUGACAAGAUACUGCCAUACUGUGAUCAAGCCGGCUACCAAGCCGACUGGAUUAGUCUGCUUUCACACAUCGUCCGUACAAACCCGGAGCGUGGCGCAGAGUUUGCAACUUCCCUAGCAAAUCACCAGGGUGGUUCCUUGAUCGAUAUCGAGCGUGUUGUCGAUGUCUUCCAAUCACAAGGCAUGGUCCAGCAGGCCACAGCAUUCCUGCUUGAGGCGUUGAAGGAGAACAAGCCGGAACACGGUCACCUGCAAACGAGACUUCUCGAAAUGAAUUUGAUGAAUGCGCCGCAAGUUGCGGACGCAAUAUUGGGUAACAAUCUGUUCUCGCAUUUCGACAAAGCCCGCAUUGGAAACUUGUGUGAGCAGACUGGCUUAUACCAAAAGGCAUUGGAGCUCUAUGAAGACCCCGCCGCGAUCAAGAGAGUCAUUGUUGGCAUCCCUGGCACUCCUAACUUUAGCCUGGAGUGGCUUGUCAACUAUUUUGGUCAGCUUUCCGUGGAACAGUCGCUGGAUUGCCUCGAUGCGAUGAUGAAAUCCAACAUUCGUCAGAACCUGCAGUCUGUUGUCCAGGUCGCUACUAAGUAUUCCGAACUCCUUGGCCCCACGAACUUGAUCGACCUCUUCGAAAAAUACAAGACCCAUGAAGGCUUGUUCUUCUACUUGGGCAGCAUUGUUAACUUGUCUCAAGAGGCGGAUGUUCACUACAAGUACAUUGAAGCAGCUACCAAGAUGGGGCAAUUCGCUGAGGUUGAAAGAAUUUGCAGAGACAGCAACUUCUACAACCCGGAGAAGGUGAAGAACUUCCUCAAGGAAGCCAAGCUUAGCGAGAUGCUUCCGUUGAUCAUUGUGUGUGACCGACACAACUUUGUUCACGAUUUGAUCCUCUACCUGUAUCAAAACCAACGCUUCAAUGCCAUUGAAGUCUACGUCCAGCGCGUUAACCCUUCUCGAACCCCUGAAGUUAUUGGUGGCCUUCUUGAUGUGGACUGUGAUGAGACCGUGAUCAAGAACCUCCUCGGCACUGUUAACCCCGGCUCAAUUCCUAUUGAUGCAUUGGUUCAGGAGGUAGAGACCCGUAACCGUCUAAAGCUAUUGCUCCCAUUUUUGGAGGCGACUUUGGCCGCAGGCAACCAGCAACAAGCUGUAUACAACGCCCUCGCAAAGAUCUACAUUGAUUCCAAUAACAACCCCGAGAAAUUCUUGAAGGAGAAUGACCAAUACGACACUCUAAGCGUCGGUAAAUAUUGCGAAAAGCGAGACCCGAACUUGGCAUUCAUUGCAUAUCAGAAGGGCCAGAACGACUUGGAGCUAAUCAACAUCACAAACGAGAACUCGAUGUACCGUGCCCAAGCUCGCUACGUCCUAGAGCGUUCGGAUCGAGAACUAUGGAUGUUUGUCCUCAGCGAGAACAACAUUCACCGCCGAUCAGUUAUUGACCAGGUCGUUGCGACAGCUGUCCCUGAAUGCACUGACCCCGCAAAGGUUUCCGAGGCUGUUGCGUCCUUCUUGGCAUCGGAUCUCCCCGGUGAACUCAUCGAGCUCCUGGAGAAGAUAGUAUUGGAGCCAUCGCCAUUCAAUGACAACCCCAGUCUACAGAACUUGCUUAUUCUCACCGCCGCCCGAGCCGAUAAGGGUAGAGUUAUGGACUAUAUCCAUCGCUUGGACUCUUUCAACCCCGACGAAUGCGCGCAGCUGUGUAUCGAUGUUGGUCUCCAUGAAGAAGCCUUUGAGAUUUACAAGAAGGUGGACAACAAGACUGCGGCUGUUGAAGUCUUGGUAGAGCACAUUGUUAGCAUCGACCGAGCGAGUGCAUAUGCCGAAGAUGUCGAUAUUCCAGAAGUUUGGAGCCGAGUUGCUAAGGCCCAGCUUGAUGGCCUACGGGUAGCUGAUGCCAUUGAGUCAUACAUUCGGGCUGGUGACCCUCGUAACUACGUUGAGGUCAUUGAGGUUGCAACUCACGCUGGAAAGGACGAGGAAUUAGUCAAAUAUCUUCGCAUGACCCGCAAGACUCUCCGAGAACCUCCGAUUGACACGGCUCUCGCCUUUUGCUAUGCUCGACUUGAUCAGCUUGGAGAGUUGGAGGACUUCCUCCGCGGUACGAAUGUAGCCAACAUUGAAGAGUCUGGUGACAAGGCAGCCGAGGAAGGAUUCCAUCAAGCUGCCAAGAUAUUCUAUACCAGCAUCUCCAACUGGUCUAAGCUUGCCACGACUCUUGUUCACCUGGAAGAAUACCAGGCAGCUGUUGAAUGCGCGCGCAAAGCUAAUAACAUUAAGGUCUGGAACCAGGUCCACGCAGCAUGUGUCUCCAAGAAGGAAUUCCGACUCGCCAAGAUUUGCGGUCUCAACUUGAUCGUCGACGCCGAGCAGCUGUCGGCUCUCGUGAAGCAGUACGAAUACGAAGGCUACUUCGACGAGCUCAUAGAUCUCCUUGAGCAGGGUCUCGGCCUAGAGCGUGCUCAUAUGGGCAUGUUCACCGAGCUUGGUAUUGCACUUUCGAAAUACCACCCCGAGAGACUAAUGGAGCACAUCAAGUUGUUCUGGAGCAGAAUGAACAUGCCUAAGCUGAUCCGCGCCUGCGAGGAAGCUAACUUGUGGCCCGAGUUGGUCUUCUGUUAUUACCACUAUGAUGAGUUUGACAAUGCUGCACUUGCGGUAAUGGAACGUGCGCAAAACUCGUGGGAACACCAGCAGUUCAAGGACAUUGUGGUCAAGGUCGCCAACUUGGAGAUCUACUAUCGCGCCAUUAAUUUCUACCUAGAGCAACACCCCUCGCUCCUAACCGAUCUUCUCCAGGUUCUCACCCCACGUAUUGAUGUUAACCGGGUUGUUCGAAUGUUCCAAAAGUCGGACAACCUACCGUUAAUCAAGCCGUUCUUGCUUAAUGUUCAGACCCAGAACAAGCGAACAGUGAACGAUGCUAUCAACGAUCUUCUAAUUGAGGAGGAAGAUUACAAGACUCUUCGAGAUUCAGCUGAGAACUAUGACAACUAUGACGCGGUUGAACUGGCCGCCCGCUUGGAGAAACACGACCUUGUCUUCUUCAGACAGAUCGCCGCUAACAUCUACCGCAAGACUAAGAGAUGGGAGAAGUCUAUCGCAUUAUCCAAGCAAGACAAGUUGUACAAGGAUGCUAUCGAGACUGCCGCCAUCUCUGGCAAGUCCAACGUUGUUGAGGAACUCCUCCGCUAUUUUGUGGAUAUUGGCAGCCGCGAGUGCUAUGUCGGCAUGCUCUACUCAUGCUAUGAUCUCAUUCGUCCUGACAUUAUCCUGGAGUUGUCAUGGCGUAACGGUCUUAAUGACUUCACGAUGCCAUACAUGAUCAAUCUUCUAUGUCAACAAACCAAGGAUUUGGCAGCGCUCAAGGCUGAUAACGAAGCACGAAAAGCCAAAGAGUCGGCUCAGGAGAAACAUGAGGACGAGACGCCUAUCCUUGGCGGAAACCGCCUCAUGAUUACUGCAGGACCUGCUGCCACGGGUGGAAGCAUGUCUCCUGCUCCGUUCAUGCAAACCAACGGAUUCACACCGCAGGCAACCGGCUUUGGCUUCUAGUCGGUUCCCAUUUUCAGGCUCUAUGCCGGAAGACCAAAAUAUGCUCCAUCGGCAAGGAUGGAUGUAAUGUCCUAACUUUAAUUCUGAGUACCUCAUCAGAAGGAUCUCAAAUCAAUGUCGCUAUGGCUUCAUCGGAACGAAUGUGGUGGAGUUUAAUUGAGGGGGUCAUCAGGAAAAGUUGUGUGGAUUUUGCGAAUAAUGUAACUUCAACCGAGGGAUCUUAACCAAGGUCCGGUCCAUGGUCAGAUCCAGGGCGGGGGAAGAGUUCUUUAGUCUUUAGACAGAGUAGAGAAGUUGUUUGCACCAACACGCAAUGUAGAGACUGAUCCUUGGGCAGCAUCAAGCUUGUCAAGGAUCUAGUCACGAUGGGAUUACACGAUGCUGUAUUUUUACGAUAGUACAAAAAGACCCUUUUUUCCACUGUCC